UAAAGAUGGCGGCGUCAGAGGGGGCGCGGAGCGGCCGGACAGCGGCAAAAAGAGCCUGAAAAAGCUCCACAAUUGGCCGAAUAUCGUUCGCCAGGUACCGGUAAUAUCAGCUCGGAUACCGUCUGGACCACAGGGAGAAACACAGCCGCUGUCACCCGCAGGGGGUUGUGAUUUUAUUGUUAAAAGGCAGGGUGGGUGGGUUUCACCGAGAGAUGCUAACGGGCUAGCCCACUGAGCUAACACAGACUAGCCCGCCGAGCUAACAGAGACUAGCCCACUGAGCUAACACAGGCUAGCACACGGAGCUAACAGAGACUAGCCCACGGAGCUAACACAGGCUAGCAAGCUCCGUGGAGAAGAGCGGAGAGGAGGGGGGAGAGAGGAAGACUAUUCGGGCCAGGCCGCUCCAGCUCUGAGGGGAAUGUGAACCAGAGGUGUGCAGGGGGGGUUUGCUCGCUUCACUACCGGGAUGGGACAGCAGGUCGGACGGGUCGGUGAGAGCACAUCGACCGGAGGACUGCAGCCGCCGCAGCCCCACGCGUCCCAGCCGCACCAAGGGAAGGGGAACCGGGGGAGGAGACCCCGAGAACCGGACAGUAUCACCGGGACACCGCCGGGCAGGACGGCCGCAGUCAACGUGCCCGACCCGGGGAUCAAUAUAUUCACUCUGCAUUCAGAAGCUCUCCACCGGCCCUUCGGCCUGGACUCUUCUCUCCUGACGGAGGCGGUGCGCUGGAGUUCCAAGGAGAACCUGUUGGGGGCGACGGAGAGCGACCCAAACCUCUUCGUGGCUCUCUAUGACUUCGUGGCCAGCGGAGACAACACGCUCAGCAUCACCAAAGGUGAGAAGCUGCGGGUGCUGGGCUACAACCAGAAUGGCGAGUGGAGUGAGGUGCGCUCUAAGAACGGUCAGGGCUGGGUCCCCUCUAACUACAUCACGCCGGUGAACAGUCUGGAGAAGCACAGCUGGUACCACGGGCCGGUGUCCCGCAGCGCCGCAGAGUACCUGCUCUCCUCCCUGAUCAACGGCUCCUUCCUGGUGAGGGAGAGCGAGAGCAGCCCGGGGCAGCUGUCCAUCUCCCUGCGCUACGAGGGGAGGGUCUACCACUACCGCAUCAACGCUGGGGCCGACGGGAAGGUAUACGUGACCUCAGAGAGUCGUUUCUCCACGUUAGCGGAGCUGGUGCACCACCACUCCACGGUGGCCGACGGCCUGGUCACCACGCUGCACUACCCGGCUCCAAAAUGCAACAAACCCACGGUGUACGGCGUGUCCCCCAUCCACGACAAGUGGGAGAUGGAGCGCACCGACAUCACCAUGAAGCACAAGCUGGGGGGGGGGCAGUACGGGGAGGUGUACGUGGGCGUGUGGAAGAAAUACAACCUCACCGUGGCCGUGAAGACACUCAAGGAGGACACCAUGGAGGUGGAGGAGUUUCUGAAGGAAGCAGCCGUGAUGAAGGAGGUCAAACACCCGAACCUGGUUCAGCUGCUCGGUGUGUGCACGCUGGAGCCGCCCUUCUACAUCGUGACGGAGUACAUGCCCCACGGGAACCUGCUGGACUACCUGAGGGACUGCGAUAAGGAGGAGGUGAACGCCGUGGUGCUGCUGUACAUGGCCACGCAGAUCUCCUCCGCCAUGGAGUACCUGGAGAAGAAGAACUUCAUCCACAGGGACCUGGCGGCGAGGAACUGUCUGGUGGGGGAGAACCACGUGGUGAAGGUGGCAGACUUUGGCCUCAGCCGGCUGAUGACCGGAGACACAUACACCGCUCACGCUGGAGCCAAGUUCCCCAUCAAGUGGACCGCCCCCGAGAGCCUAGCCUACAACACCUUCUCCAUCAAGUCUGACGUCUGGGCGUUCGGGGUGCUCCUCUGGGAGAUAGCGACCUACGGCAUGUCUCCCUACCCGGGCAUCGACCUCUCCCAGGUGUACGACCUCCUGGAGAAGGGUUACCGCAUGGAGCAGCCGGAGGGGUGUCCGCCCAAAGUCUACGAGCUCAUGAGAGCAUGCUGGCAGUGGAGUCCGUUGGACCGUCCCUCGUUUGCAGAGAUCCAUCAGGCCUUUGAGACCAUGUUCCACGACUCCAGCAUCUCCGAAGAGGUGGCAGAGGAGUUGUGUAAAACCUCCUCUUCUCUCGGGGCUCCUCUCCUUCCCUUCGACACGCCGCUGCUGCCUUCAAAGUCUCGCACGCUGCUGCACAAACACACGGAGAACAAGGAGAACAUCGAGGGAGGACUGGAGGGCCGCGUGGACCCCGGCAGCCACUCAGGCUGGGCUUCUUCUCUCCUGGGGGGGGACAGUCGGUCGGGCAGCUCCCCGGCGUUGCCCCGAAAACAACUUUCCCGAGAUAAAUCCCCCGCCGGCCUUUUAGACGACGCUCAGGAUUUGGGCACCUUCACACGGGACCGAAAGACCGGCUUCUUCAGCUCCUUCAUCAAGAAGAAAUCCUCCUCUUCCUCCUCCUCUUCCUCCCAGAACCUCCCCACUCCCCCUAAAAGGAGCAGCUCUUUCCGGGAAAUGGAGACUCAGCCUCACAAGAAAUACGAGCCGACGGCAGACUUUUCGGCGCCUCCUCCUCUCCCCCAAUCGGACAGCAGCGUCGUGGGGGGGUUCUCCGCCUCCCCCUCCCACUCCCACUCCCACAGCGACCCCCCCCAGCCCCAGUCUCGUUGCUGUGGUGCUGCUUUCGGACAAAAACCCUCAUCAGGGGGGGGUUUAGCGGCGCAAGUUAGCACUAGUAGCUGGAGCGGAUUGGCGGGUUUUUUCACGCCGAGACUCAUAAAACGGACUUUAGGGCUUCGGACUGGGAAAACAGCUAUUUCUUCAUCUGAGGAGGGGGUGGUGGGGACUUUACCAGUUGGGGGGCUUUCCAAACCCUUCCCCAGGUCUAACUCCACCUCCUCCAUGUCCGCCGGGUUGCCAGAUUUGGAGCGAAUGGCUUUGACUUUACCCAGAAAUCGAAGUGCAAAACCCCCGCUGGAGAGAACGUCCUCCAGCAGCUCCACGCCGGAGAACGGACAGAAACCGGACGAGGGGACGGCUCAGAUCAGAGAGAGACCCAAAGCCAAGAUGGUUCCCAAGGGCACGGGGGUGAGGGUACCGGGAGUCGGGGGGGAAGCGGGGGAAUCGGACCUUGUAGUGGAUCGACAACAACAAAACUGGUCCUCGCCAUCUAAGACUUCUUCAUCCUCCCCUAAGACUCCUUCUUCCUCCAACUGUAAGACUUCUUCCUCCUCCCCUAAGACUCCUUCUUCCUCCACCUCUAAGACUGUAUCCUCCUCCUCCUCUCAGACCCACAACCACAAGGUGCCGGUGCUGAUCUCCCCCACGCUGAAGCCCCCCGACGUGCACCUGGUGGCUCUCGACUCUCAGGGGAACCGCUUCAAGCUGCUCAGCGAAAACCCCGAUCGUCCGCGGCUCGUAAAACCCAAAUGUGCUCCUCCUCCGCCUCCUACGCUACGAAACCAACACUCGUACAGCGAAACGACGGGGGGGGAGGAGGAGGGGGAGGUGAACGGGGAGAAAGGGAUUCGAACCGGGAAAGGAGGAGGAACUAUGAUGACGACGGGGAGACCCUCAGUGCCGCCGCCUCAGGUUCCUCCCACAAACACUCCUUCAAAAAUGGCAAACGGAUCCACUCCCUCUUCGUCCACUAAAGCGGGUUUCCGGAGGAUUCGACAGCAAGCGGAUCGCGGCGUCCCCCCCGAGCGGGUAGGCCGAGAGGCGUUGUUGGAGUGUGCCGAUUCGUUGAUAGUCGUCCUCCGCGACUCCUCCCCCUCUGACUCCCCCCCCUCCAACAGUGUGGUCCUGGACGCGGGGCUGCAGCUGCUGGACCGAUGCUCCGGGUACGUGGACGUCAUCCCGCAGAUGAGGAACAAAUUCGCUUUUCGGGAGGCGGUGGGGAAGCUGGAGGUCAGCUUGCAGGAGCUGAGGGCCUCGGGGGGGGGAGGGGGGGGCACAGUACUGGAGAACCUGCAGGGCUGCGUGAGAGAAAUCAGAGACGUGGUGCAGAGGUAACAGCUGUGACAUCACUGUGACAUCACUGUGACAUCACUGUGACAUCACUGUGACAUCAUGAAAGAAUGAAGACUCUUGAAAUAAACUGUCUUUUAAGGACCUUAUUCUGGCAAGAAGGUGUCUGCGGAGAAAUGCAGAAGUCAGGAGGUCCCCAGUUCACAUUUGGACACCAAGAAUGGAAGAGGAGGGGCUGUGACAUCACUGUGACAUCACUGUGACAUCACUGUGACAUCACUGUGACAUCACUGUGACAUCACUGUGACAUCUGCGGUGGAGAUGUAUCGAGACACACACUAACAAAUAAUAGUAAACGGGUGAGAAAACCUUGAAGACUCUUGAAAUAAGACGGUCUUUUAGGGAGUUUAUUCUUGCAAGAAGGUGUCUGUGUCUGCGGCGAAAUACAAAAGUCAGGAGGUCUGCAGAGGGUCUUAUAUUCACAUUUGAACACUAAGAAUAGACGAGGAGGGGCUGUGACAUCACUGUGACAUCACGCCGGUCAGACUGGUUUCCCUCCUUUCUUCUGGUUCUUUUUUACAGCUUUCCGGGGGCGGGUCUGGACGGUACCUCAGAGAAAUCACUCACUCACUGUUUACAACCAACACACACAAACUACAGGUGGUUUCAGGCCUGCUACGAUAAAACCUCUUCGCUCAACGAAUGUCGAGUGUAUCAGCUGUUCGGAAAGAUACUGAGCAAAAUACAUGUUUACUGACAAACCUCAAACAGUGUCGAGUCGAGCUGCAACGAUUAAGAUAUUUAAAUCAACUUUUAAAGCAAAAAUGGUUUUUUAAAAAAUCUGUUUUCAGCCUCAAAUAUUAAGAUUAGUUGCUAUUUUCAAAUUUCUAUCAAAGUAAAAAGAUUAAAUCUGGAUUUCUAACAUUUGUCACUAUUCUCUGACGUGUUGAACACUAAACAGCUGAUCUAAGACCCUCAUUCGUUGCAGCUCCAAAGGGAAUCACUAGUGUCUGGGAUCUUCGUAAACCUUUCAAAAGCCAUUUUAUCCUAAAGUAUUGGAGACUAAGUGUGAUUUCAAGAUGUCGGGGUCUUAACGUGACACCGAUUUGCAUUUACAUUUCAUGAUCAGUAUUUUUAACUAGAGGGACAAAUGUGAUAAAACCAUGAAUCUCCCAAAAUCUGCUUGUCUUGGUAUUAUCGAAUAAUAACGUGUAAACACAAAGGGAACACAGCUUUAGAGAGGCGUGGAAAUAAGCUCAAAUGAAACGUUAGAACAGGUUGAUCAAAUCCACACAGAGACCCCUUUAAUCCCCACAUGACCAGAUGGUGUUUCACAGCCUUCGUCUUCAGUGUCCACACGGUGCCGUCUCCGAGAGCAUUUCAGUAUUGAAGUGGUUUGAAUGCACAGUAACGUCAGUCUGGUGGGAGCGCAGGAGCAGAACUGGGGCGGUGUUUCUAUAAGUGUCCUUCUGACGGACUGAUCCAAUCCCUGAAGCCUUGUCGUGUCCUCAGUGCCUCGAAAUCUUCCACGAAAUGAACACUGCAAAAAACCAGAGACCUGCUACACACACACACACACACACACACACACACACACACACUGAUCUCUCUACCGACAAACUGCAGUAUGUCUUCAGCACAUUGUACAUUAUUUGGUUUUUUUUUAAAUAAGAAAAGCUUUUUUUCAGAAUGUCUAUGUAUGAACUUGAAUUUUUAAAUUAUUCCUUUUUUUUCUUUUUAUUAAAAAGCACAGAGCUAUUUUGAGAGAUGUAAAUAUUGGAUUGAUUUCAUAUCCAGGAAACAGGAUGUAUGUGUGCUCACAGCAUAUAGAGCGUGUCUGACUGAAGAAUACCUGAAUAUAUGAAUGUAUUAUUCUUCCCUUCUGACCCGGGCGAAUGACCAUCUGCAUGAAUCUCUAAAGGUGCCAUUUUUUUAUUUGUAUUAUUAUUUAUUAUACUUUUUUUUUUGUAUUGACCCAUACUUCUCCUUUUGGUCACACUAAGUACUAACGUCCAGAAGCAGUUGCUCUGUUUUUUGAGCACAAAUGAAACGUUGCUUUUCACAUCUAAAUGUACACUGGAUACGGCCUCGCAUACUCCAACACCUGAUCUGUAGAAACACUGCAGGUCCAAAACAACACUUGAUUGACUGCAGAGUAAACGUUGUUUUUCAGUUCAUGUCGUGCGUCAGUAUUUUAAUGUUCAAACAGGUUCCUGUGAGACGAACUGAUUUCUAUUCGCUGUGAUUUGACAGAAACACGGAGAGAAGAAACGCCGUGUGAUUUUUAUUUGAUGAUUCUUGGUGCCUUUUUGUGAGCAAAUGAUUCAUGUCUGUCACUGCGAGAGAAACAGGCAAUGUUUCAAAUCCACCAUUAAAGAAACAUUCAUGUCUUCCAUUUUCCGUGAGCUUUUCUGUCACUUGGAGGUUGAUGCAAAAUUGAAAUUUAAAGGUGCAUUUGUCUAUUAAAUUAAGUAUGUAGAUACGGUUGCUAAGGUUACUUAUUGGAGGUCGUUAACUCUGUUAGUGCAGCAACAUCUGGUUGAUUUCCCUCUAACAGACAUGCACAAAAACACUUUGGAGAAACACUGCCGCUUCAGAAAAGAGGAAGCCGCAACGCAUUUAUUUAAAAUUGCUUUCUCGAUUAUUUGUGGAGCUUAGUUGUGAGAAAGCCUGAUCAAGUCAAACGUAACCUCCGAAAUCAAACUUAUUUAAAGAAAAUACAACACAGAUAUUCAAUUUGUCAAAAAAUCGAUUUGUUCUCAAUGAUUUUUCCACAGAUCGUCUCAUCGUCAGUCCUCUUCGUUGUUGUUGUUAUUUAUGUCGCCUGUGUUUUCUGUUGUUUUUCUGGAGGUCGUGUUCACAUCAAACCAAAGGCCACUUCUUCAGCUGUACGAGUGCAAUGUAAAGCAACACACACACGAUGAUGGAAUAUGUGAAUCUAAACAGGGAUUUAAAAAAGGCAGAGACGUUAACAUUAACUUUUUUAUUGUACAAAAUAUAUAUUUUGGUUUUUUUUUUAUUUAAAGCUCACGUUAUAUUACUGUGAAGUUUUGCUUAUCAGUGUUAAGCCUAUUGUAAAUAAUAAAGAUAUUGAUGAAUACUG